AUGCUGGAUCAAGGCGCCGUUUUGGAGGCUUUUAGCCGCACAAUGGCUGCAGAUGCUCGAAUAAUCAAACAAGCCGAACAAGAGCUUUAUCAUAUGCAAAAAGAGCCUGGUUUCACGUCAUUUCUGCUGAGUGCGGCCACGGACGCUUCGGUCCCCUUAAACGUGCGAAUUUCGUGCGCCAUCUACAUGAAAAACAAGAUUCAGCGGUGCUGGAGCAGUAAACGCGAAGAUGCCAUUGUCCCACAGGAGCAGAAUGCGAUAAAAGAAGCUCUUGUUCAAAACGUGAUUGUGCACGCCGAAAACAUGCAGAUCAGACCCUAUUUAACGGAAUCUGUGCGUGGCAUUCUGGACCAUAGCGACCAAUGGGAUUUGAGUGGUGCCAUCCAAGAGCUGUUGUCGAGCAACAAACCGGAGCUCGUAUAUCCAGGAUUACUCCUGCUGUUUGAAGUCUGCAUCAAGCACCGCUGGGAUAUGCCAGAGAACAGGCAAUACAUCGACAGCGUUGUGGAGACCGUUUUCCCAUGCAUCGAGACUAUUUCUGCACAGCUCGUGAACGAAACUGAUUACAAGUCUAACGAGCUGCUCUAUCUGGUUCUCAAAUGCUUCAAAUACUCCUGUCUCAACAAUUUCCCUCGUUACUUUGGUAACGUUGAGAAAUUGCAGUCCUGGGUCCAACUGCAUCUAUUUCUGUGUUCGAAGCCCCUUCCAAAAGAAGUAUUGGACUUGGAACCCGCCGACAGAUCUUUGGACAAGAGGGUCAAAUGUAACAAAUGGGCAUUCGGAAAUCUGUCUAGAUUUUUGAUAAAAUACAGCAGGUCCACGAAGACUAUCACCCAGGACUACGUGAAGUACGUUUUUGACCAAGUUGUACCAACCAUCCUGACGGAAUACUUCAAAAUCAUAGAACUUUGGGGAGCUGGUUCUUUGUGGCUCAGCGAUGCGUCUCUCUAUUACAUGAUCGAGUUUCUAGAGAAGUGCAUGACAACCGAUUCGCUGUGGUCCAUGAUCAAGCCUCAUUUGGAGUCCAUCAUCACAUAUGUGAUAUUCCCAUGUCUGUCAGCCAACGAAGAUAGUGUCGCGCUUUUUGAAGACGAUCCUGAAGAAUAUACUCGUCGCUAUUUCGACGUCAACAAAGAAGGCACGACUGCAGAUGUCGCCUCUACAGAUUUCAUUUUCGUUGUUGGACACAGAAGAUUCGAUGAAGUCACCAAAGUUUUACCUCUCAUCAAUAAGGUUUUCAACGACUUUGCAUCGAGAGGCGAUUUGGCAAGUGCAUAUCAAGAAGAAGGUGCUUUGAGGCUACUGAGCUCGCUAUGCAGCUUUCUCGCCGAAAAGAAUUCUCCAGUUAAAAAUGAGCUUGAGGGCAUCUUUGAACAUUUCAUUACUCCUCUAUUGAAGCAAGACAAAUACCCAUUCCUGAUAGCAAGGGCUCUAGAGACUAUAGCUAUUCAUCAACAGCAGUUUCAUGAUAUGAACGUUCUCUCUCAGAUUUAUGAGGCGGUUUACAUCAACUUCAUGAACUCUGACCAGCUUCCUAUACAGGUGGAAGCAGCCGAUGCUUUGAAGACCCUCAUUGUGUCGAACCCAACAAUUCAUCCACACAUUUCGUCACAAGUUCCGGGUCUUAUGGAAAAACUAUUGAAGCUGUCAAAGGAUUUCGAAAUCGAUCUUUUGUCUGAAGUUAUGGAAGCAUUUGUCGAAAGGUUUGCGGAUGAAUUAUCACCAUUUGCCAAGGACUUGGCGGCAAGCUUGGCAGAACAAUUUAUUACGUUGGGACAGUCGAUUGUGGAGAAUUCAAGUGGUAGCUACUCAACCGCCGAUCAAGACCAAGAAAUACAAGCCAGCGCGCUUCUUCAAACAAUGACAACGAUGGUCAUGUCUAUGAAUAAAGUCUCGCUGAUUGACAAGUUUAUGCCGGUGGUGAAAUUUAUUAUCGUGAACGCUCAAAUAACAUUUUUGAGCGAAGCUGUUGACCUUAUGGAUUCGCUUGCUUUGUCGUCGAAAGCCAUGUUCAAUAGUUUUUCGCCCGAAGUUUGGGAGCUACUGCACGAUGUGAUAGAUUCAUGUCAGACGUACGCUUUGGAAUAUUUUGAAAGCUUCCAGGUUUUCUUCGAGACUAUUGUGACGUACGGCUUUCCAACCGAUCAGACCUACGUACCACCAUUUCUCGAGAUUCUCUCGCAUGCGAUGGAUAGCGGCGUAGACUUCGAUGUUGAAAGUGCCCUCGACAUUUUGUUGUUCUACAUUCUAUCCAUGAAAGACAUUCCUCUCAUUGACAAGGCAUUGAAGCUGGCUAAUGAAGAUAACGAUGAUUUGGAAGUGGAAGAGUUUACUUAUGUGAAAGUAUUUCUGGCGGGUCUGUUUGUUAGACCGGUAGAGACUUUGCAAAUAUGCGAGGACAAGGGAGUGACGCUUGAGAUGCUCCGUAAGUGGUUCUCGUGUAAAUUCAACAGUGUUCUUACCAUCAAGCUGCAACUGGUUGCUAUUAUUUCGCUAUUGGGACUCCCAGAACUACCCAGCUGCGUGAGCGGAUUUAUCCCUCAGCUCUCGGAUAAGCUGAUAGAGCUUACUGCAGCGCUUCCAGAGGCCAUCAGGAAGAGAGAUGCGCUUUCGAAGGGAGAACUUGGCGAGGCCUCGUUCCAGGACGAUGGCACGGAAUUUUUUGAUGAAGUGGAGGACGAUUUCAAAGAAUCCUGUCUGGAUGACAUAAAUUGUUUCCAGCAGGUGCAUAACUUAUUUUCACAAUUGCAGACGUCAAAUCCCGGACUAUAUCAGCAAAUUAUGGGGUCGCUUUCGGAAGAUAAAAUGGACACUUUGAAGACGAUUUUGGAGUUUGUAGCGCAGAAUUGA